CAAGAAGGCAGCCUCAACGCCUGGAUAUUUUAUGGUGGUAGAAUGUAAGGGACCUUUCUGACUACUGGCUUCAAUCUUUCGUUUGCCUCUCCCAUCAUAGCAUCAUUAACUGCAAAGUUCUCCUUCUUCUAGCACCUCUUACACCCGCUUCGACUCUCCACUGAAGGAGGAUCAGGUAGCCAUCAUGUCUGUACCAUACAAGAUCGAGGCCAGCGAGGAGCUCCUCGUCAACGGCGGCGGCGGUGGCAAUGGCCGUGCGAGUGAUAGAAUCCCAUACAUGGCACGACCAUUCGUGUCAGACAGAGCAAAGAAGACACUUGACUUGGUCGAGAAAUUCGUCGAGGAAGAGUGUAUCCCCGCAGAUACCGUAUACCAACAGCAGGUCGGCAACGGCAUUGAACGAUUCGACGCACACCCCACCGUGAUUGAGGACCUGAAGAAGCGUGCAAGAGAGCUGGGGCUAUGGAACUUGUUCUUACCAAAGAACCACUUCAAGGAGGGCGCAGGCUUCAGCAACCUCGAGUACGGUCUGAUGGCAGAGUACUUGGGCAAGAGCUUCAUCGCCUCCGAGGCUGUAAACUGCUCUGCUCCGGACACGGGCAACAUGGAAGUGUUUGCCAAGUACGGUACACCGGCACAAAAGGCCAGAUGGCUCCAGCCAUUGCUCGAUGGCAAGAUUCGUAGUGCUUUCCUCAUGACGGAGCCCGAUGUUGCGUCUUCGGAUGCCACCAACAUUGAGCUCAACAUGAGAAAGGAGGGCAACGAGUGGGUUCUCAACGGCUCCAAGUGGUGGUCAUCGGGAGCUGGCGACAAGCGCUGCGAGGUCUUCAUCGUCAUGGGCAAGUCAGAUCCCAACAACGCCAGUGUCUACAAGCAACAGUCUGUCAUCAUUGUGCCCUUUGACGCCCCCGGUAUCACCAUCCAACGCAUGCUGGGUGUCUUCGGUUUCGAUGAUGCACCCCACGGACACGGCCACAUCACCUUUGAGAACGUCAGAGUGCCAGACGAGAACAUAGUCCUGGGACCCGGUCGCGGGUUCGAAGUGAUUCAAGGCCGUCUCGGCCCCGGACGUAUCCACCACGCCAUGCGCAGUAUCGGCGCCGCAGAAAAGGCUCUCGAGUACAUGAUCGCUCGCAUGAACGACCCCCGCAAGACACCAUUCGGCAAGCAACUCCACGAGCACGGCGUCAUGCUCUCACGAGUCGCCGACUCCCGCGUCAAGAUCGAUGCUGCGAGACUGCAAGUCUGCGAAGCAGCCAUCAAGAUCGACACCAAGGACGCCAAGUUCGCAUUGAAGGAAAUCGCAGAGGCCAAGAUUCUCGUGCCCAAAAUCCUGCUCGAGGUCCUCGAUGAUGCCAUUCAAGCAUACGGUGGCGCGGGCGUGUCGCAAGAUACUCCUCUGGCGAACAUGUGGGCACAUGGGCGUACGAUGAGAAUCGUCGACGGACCUGAUGAGGUGCACAUGUUGCAGAUGGGCAGGAACGAGAAUAAGAGGGGCAAGGCGUGUCUGGCCAAGAUUGAAUGGCAGAAGAAGAAGGCUGCGGAGAUGUGCAAGGCGUAUGGGAUGGAGAAGAAGGAUAUCUUGCAGCUGGACCGCAAGGUUGCCAAGCAGUCAAAAUUGUAGACAUUUCUCAACAUACAUUAACUGAUGAAUACAUGAUAUGAUCCAUGAGGUGGGCAUAUUUUUUCAAGGGCACGCGUCGAUUGCGAACGCGCAGAGUAUUGGGAUAAACAAGCACAUAUACUU